AUGGCCGAAGAUCAACCUACCGAACAGCCUACGAUCAAGCCUACGGCAUCAGAAACUAACAAGAUAGACCGAUUUGCCGAACACGUCAACGAGCGAAAGAGAAGGCGUAACCUAUGGGGUCAUUACGUGGAUGAGCAGUCUCGCAUGAAGAGUGAAAGAACGAAGCCCGUCCACGUACCGGUGGAUGCCGAAACUACCAAGUCGAAAGGAACACAGACUGAUGAUACUCCAUAUGCCAAAGACCCAAACGUUGAUGAGCCUCCGAAAGUUGAUGAAAAAGACGUGGAAGGAGAAGGUGUGAAGCUGACAAACGAGGGUGUGGAUGAAGAUGAGUUCGUCAAAACGCCUUGCGUUGGGGGUUUGCCGGAGGAGCAGGAUAAUAUGGACUUGUACGAGCCAUAA